GCUCGGAGUGAUGCUCCUGCAAAUAAUCACAUCUCGGCCGCCGAUCGGACUGGCGCACGUCGUGGAGAGGGCGAUCGAGAAGGGGAAAUUUGAGGAGAUGCUGGAUCCGGAUGUGAAGGACUGGCCGGUUGAGGAAGCUCUAAAAUUCGCGAAACUGUCGAUUCAGUGCGCGGAGAUGAGGAAGAGGGAUCGGCCGGAUCUUGGGAAGGUGGUGCUGCCGGAGCUUAAUCGAUUGAGAACGAUCGCGGAAGAGAGCAUGGGAAUCCGGCCGUUCAACUGUAGUGCGUCGGAUUCGUCAUCGCCAUCUACAAGCCAGGCUUCAUCUUCUCAAGAAGCCAUAAGUUUACAUCAAGUGCAUUGUGGAUCAUGGGUUGACAGCCCAAACAGCCAAUCAGGAAGCAGCACGUCAUCGCUUUCAGGCAGACGGCCUUACUGGCUGGAUUAAGAACUCUCCUCUUUUCCAACACCAUGAACAAAAAAUAAUAAUAAUAAUAAUAGCAAAUGUAAAUCAAUGAUUUUUAAUUAUCGUGCCUCCAUUGUUGAGAGGCAAUUUGAUCACUUUUUUCCCCUUUUUCUGUUUUCAAAUUUUUGAGA